AUGGAGGAGGUGAUGGAGGAGGUGAUGGAGGAGGUGAUGGAGGAGGUGGUGGAGGAGGUGAUGGAGGAGGUGAUGAAGGAGGUGGUGGAGGAGGUGAUGGAGGAGGUGAUGGAGGAGGUGAUGGAGGAGGUGAUGGAGGAGGUGGUGGAGGAGGUGGUGGAGGAGGUGAUGGAGGAGGUGGUGGAGGAGGUGGUGGAGGAGGUGAUGGAGGAGGUGGUGGAGGAGGUGAUGGAGGAGGUGGUGGAGGAGGUGAUGGAGGAGGUGAUGGAGGGAGGUGGUGGAGGAGGUGAUGGAGGAGGUGAUGGAGGAGGUGGUGGAGGAGGUGGUGGAGGAGGUGAUGGAGGAGGUGAUGGAGGAGGUGGUGGAGGAGGUGGUGGAGGAGGUGGUGGAGGAGGUGCUGGAGGAGGUGGUGGAGGAGGUGAUGGAGGAGGUGAUGGAGGAGGUGGUGGAGGAGGUGAUGGAGGUGGUGGAGGAGGUGAUGGAGGAGGUGGUGGAGGAGGGUGA